CACAAACAGCCGCAACACCCCACCAGACCCCAACCCCAACCGGCAACCGCUGCGGCGGCGCGGCCCUGCUCCCCGGUCGCCAUGGACUAUUCGCUCGCGGCGCUGAAGAUCUUCGGCUCCCAGCUCGCCAGCGCCACCGAGGCACCGUCGUCCGAGGGCGCCUCCCCCGCGCAGAUGCUAUUCGGCAUCCGCUUCCAGCGCGUCUGGAUUCAGGGCGUUCUCCUGUCGGCGGACUACAACGAAGCCGGCGGAGGGCGUUUUGUGCUGGAUGACGGCUCCUGCAUUGCCGACCUCUUCGUCUCGCCCAGAGAAGCCGAGGGCCGGCCGUGGAGGGCAGGGAUGUAUGUAAUGGUGGUCGGGGCAUACAUUGCAGGAGAGUCUAAGGAAAACUUCCCAGCUAUCAAGGUGCAUAAGAUGGUCGACCUCUCUGCCCAGCCGGACCGUGAAGCAAUGUGGUACAUGGAAGUAGCUGAAGCGUACAAUUUGUUCUACGAGCCAUUCUUGGCUGCUAGUCCCUCGUCAUAACUCAUAAGCAUUAGCCCUUUGCCCCUUUGAUCUCUGGUAGUUGUAAUUGUAGGCCUUUAAUCUUUUAGAAAUGUUAUGAAACUAUAUACCAUGGUCAAAGGGUAUUGUCUUAUGGCUCUGCGUCUAGCAAUGUGCCAUAUCCAUGGUCAUGGGUUUGGGACCCAAUCGUAUUUUUAGGACCACCUAAGAAUUUGGGAAGUCAAUCCAACUGCUGAAAAAUGGAACAGACAUUUGUAUAUCGUGAUACAUCUCUGUAGCAGUGCUGGUCUUCCAUACGUU